CGACCUGCCACCGAGGAGGACGGGACUCCGAGCCGCCUCCGCUUUCUCCAAGCCAUAUUCCUUUAAGAUGAUGUAAUAGUCACUUCCCUGGAAGGGCUCCUGCCUGCACUGCUGAGACAACAGCAUCCGAACUGCGCCGGGAACCGUGGAACCACCCAGCUCCGCCGCCCGAGAAGCCGGAGCCGAGCCCCCCGCCGGCAUCUCCGCGCUGCGGCGGCCGCGGCUCCCGCCCGGCUGGGAACAUGGGAGCCCGCCUGCCCUUGCCGGCAGGCGGGGUGGCUGCCUGGGCCCCCAGCAGGGCACCGCCGUCUUUCUUUCUGCUGCUGGGCUUUCUGAAAAGCUUCUAAGUCCCGCUCCGAGACUGUGUGUGUGACUGUGGAUUCCGACUGCUUUGCAAAUGGGUAUCUCUCCACAAGAGCUGUGUGUCCAGCAUUCAUUAAGACAGACCUCUCAGUAGCUGGGGACCUGGCCUGCCUAGCCCGCUGAGCUUGGGGAAGAUCAGAUGGAGCUGAGUUGAUUAUCUUCCAUGAAGUAAUAGCUCACCACCUGCCGGGGUUUAAACUACUUAUGCAGCAUCCCUUCACCUAUGGACUCUUGGCAAUUCUGCUUUCUUGGGGGAAAACCUGGGGCAAGAGGAGGUCGUUUUUAACAAGUUAGUGUCCUCGCCCUCCCUUACAAGUUGAUGCAAAGGCUCAGGCUGUGACUCCACUGGCUUGCACCUUCACAUCCAAAUAGAAGAAGAAGAAGAAGAAGCAAGGACCAUGGCUCUGAGUGGAAACUGUAGUCGCUAUUACCCUCGAGAACAAGGGGCUGCCGUUCCCAACUCCUUCCCUGAGGUCGUGGAGCUGAAUGUGGGGGGUCAAGUUUAUUUCACUCGCCAUUCCACGUUAGUAAGCAUCCCUCAUUCCCUCCUGUGGAAAAUGUUUUCCCCAAAGAGAGACACAGCUAACGAUCUAGCCAAGGACUCCAAGGGAAGGUUUUUCAUUGACAGAGAUGGAUUCUUGUUCCGUUACAUUCUGGACUAUCUCAGGGACAGGCAGGUGGUCCUGCCUGAUCACUUUCCAGAGAGGGGAAGACUGAAAAGGGAAGCUGAGUACUUCCAGCUCCCAGACUUGGUCAAACUCCUGACCCCCGAUGAAAUCAAGCAAAGCCCAGAUGAAUUCUGCCAUAGUGACUUUGAAGACGCCUCCCAAGGAAGCGACACGAGAAUCUGCCCCCCUUCCUCGCUGCUCCCUGCCGACCGCAAGUGGGGUUUCAUUACCGUGGGGUACAGGGGUUCCUGCACCAUGGGCAGAGAGGGGCAGGCAGACGCCAAGUUUCGGAGAGUUCCUCGGAUUUUGGUUUGUGGAAGGAUUUCCUUGGCAAAAGAGGUCUUUGGAGAAACUUUGAAUGAGAGCAGAGACCCUGACCGAGCCCCAGAAAGAUACACCUCCAGAUUUUAUCUCAAAUUCAAGCAUCUGGAAAGGGCUUUUGAUAUGUUGUCAGAGUGUGGAUUCCACAUGGUGGCCUGUAACUCCUCAGUGACAGCAUCUUUCGUCAACCAAUAUACAGAUGACAAGGUCUGGUCAAGUUACACCGAGUACGUCUUCUACCGUGAGCCUUCCAGGUGGUCAUCCUCGCACUGUGACUGCUGCUGCAAGAAUGGCAAGGGUGACAAAGAAGGGGAGAGCGGCACCUCUUGCAACGACCUCUCCACCUCCAGCUGCGACAGCCAGUCUGAGGCCAGCUCUCCCCAGGAGACAGUCAUCUGUGGGCCCGUGACACGCCAGACCAACAUCCAGACUCUGGACCGCCCCAUCAAGAAGGGCCCCGUGCAGCUGAUCCAACAGUCAGAGAUGCGACGGAAAAGUGACCUGCUCCGGACUCUGACUUCGGGCUCCAGGGAGUCGAACAUGAGCAGCAAAAAAAAAGCUGUGAAGGAAAAGCUCUCCAUUGAGGAAGAGCUGGAGAAGUGCAUCCAGGAUUUCCUAAAGAUCAAAAUUCCAGAUAGGUUCCCCGAGAGGAAGCAUCCGUGGCAGUCUGAACUUUUACGAAAGUACCAUCUAUAGGGGCAGGCUGGGGGGGGGGGGUGGGAGGAGAAACAAACCGUGUCACCAUUUUGAAAUAAACCUCCUAAACAGAAUCCACAUUUGAAAAGAAAAACAACAAUCCACGUUUAUUAGAACACAAUAGCUCAUUGACCUAUUACUACUGCCUACUUACCUAGUUCACCUUAACACGUAAAGCCACAGGGUAGAUUUCUCUCCAGAUGUGCAAGUGUAAAAAAAUCUUUUUUUUUUUGGUGGGGGGGGAGUUAUUUCUUUGUUUGUUAACUUGGUCCCAUGUCCUGAGUAUCUUAUCUCUAAGGAGAGCCAGCUAUGUAAGAAUAGCUGAGAAGACGUGGGAAUCCUUCCUCCCAGACUGGGUUUUUCUCUCAUCUUCUAUCUCCCUCCUUUGAAUGAGAAUAUGGUAGAGACCCGGCCCAAUGGCAUAUGUUUGGAUUUUUAAAUUUUCCUUUUCCCUUUUGUUUAUGGGGGAAGGGGUGGGGGGAAUGGCAGAUUUAUAUGACUUUUCACUCACAUCGAUUAUGUGCCAGUUUAUAAUGACCCCGUCUGCAUGAGUGUUUGUGCAACACAAGCACAACGAAGUGUGUAUAUACAUACUGCGCACGAGAUCCCAGGGCCUGGACGUCCUAAGGGCUGUGCUCACACUCCCAGCAGCACCCUCUUAGGGUCCUUCCGACACACGAGCCUCUGCUCUUUUCUUAAAGCCCUCCUGGGAAGGUUUCCCAGCCUCUCUUGGCAAGGCUUCCGAACAUCCAAUAACCCUCAUCAUCAACAAAUCAUCUUCCUUAUUUCGAAAUUAUCACCCUCAGGCUCCACUUUACCACGAUGCUCUUUCUCUGUGCUAGGAGAGCUAGUCAAACUUUCUUUGUAUUAAAGGAACCCAAACACCCAUAUCCACAAAAAUGACUGCAAAACGACCCCACACUCAGCCUGCCCUACCCUGGGCUGAAUUACUUUCCUUCUCUCAGUAUUUUCAGAGCUCUUACUGCCCGUGUUGUAACGGUGUGGCCUUCCCACAUAGCCCACGUUGAGUUCUCUGCACUCCUGUGUAGCCGUGGGAAUAAGAACAGCACAGAGUCCUUUAAGGCUCCCACUUUUUGUGCUCAGAGGAAAGUGUUUUUCACAUCCCUCCUAAUCAUUUCUCAUAACCUUUUAAAACUACAGUGCUACAUUGUUACUUUCUUGUAGCCAGAUCUGUUUGCCUUUGGGAUCUGGGAUUUGGCUGUGUCCAUACUAGGACUUGGCCGUCACUGAUGUCUGUGAACAAUCCAUCUGGAUAACUGGAGCCCCGAAAUGAUGAUUCCGGCUUUCUAAACCGUCUUUCUUGAUUACACCCUUGACUUGUAUAGACACAGCCAAAAAGAAACUGUGAAUAGCCAUCCAUCCAUGUGACUCUGUAUUCUAUUCACCUACCAAUAGUUCUUUCAUAGACUUGUGGUAAAUGAAGAUUAGAGGCCAAGUUUUACCUUCAGCAUUCCUCAUGCAGUUAAGUGGAAACUGAAAAAUAAUUUGUCCAUCAUUAAUUGUGUGCCAAGCACUCCUAAUUUCUUUCUUUUUAUUAUGUGUGUAUGUAUAUAUGUGUCACAGGUAAUAAAGGCAACUGGAUGGUGUCUGUAGGAAGGAAAAAUAACGACCAGUGGCUUCUUUUUGAAAUCUUUGAUUGAUACACGUUUAUCAUGUAAGAGAUCCAUCUUAAUUUCUGUUAUUAUACCCAUUAGUAUAUGGAUAUCUUUCUGAAUUUUUUGUAAUUCUUGCCUUCACACCCGGGCAACAGACUUGGCCAGUGGUUUCUUGUCCUGAUGAUUUGAAUGGAGUUUACAGUUUUACUUAAGUAAGAAAGAAAGAUCAUUUGGGGAGUUGAGUUGUCAAGAGAAUUAUAAUUAUGAAUUUAAGUGGUAUCCUUUUAUGUGUUAAUAUAUUAGUUGACGUUUGAUCUUAACUGCAACAUAGCUUUGUAAAGCCUACCAGUAAUCUUCAGUCUUUUCAAUGUUUCUUUAUGCCAUAUCAGAAUACCACCGUCCUAAUAAUAGAAGAUUUUGCAAAGGAUCAUAGAACUUCAUGGGUCAAGAAGUUAAAUUUGGUGAAAAUAUCCCUGAACUCACUUUGGUCAGAUGAUUCUUACGGUCCUCCUGGAAGUGCUGUCAAAGAGUUGGGGGUCCGAAUAAGAAGGGCAGAGUCCCAGCUUCCUUAAAUUUCAAACCUGAUUGUAAUGGUAUCAGAUCAAGACACACUAGUAAGAAUUAGGGAACUAGUAAGAUGGCAGUCAACCCACUACUCUUACCGCAUACUUUAAAUAGGAAAUUGAAGACUGCAAAGAAAAUGUUCAUGGCAUCACUUCUCUGUCCUUUGCCCCGUCAUGACUUUUUUCCUGGGUAGGCAGUCUUUAUACCCUCAAUGAACAAAACUAGUGGGAAGUCUGUUUAAAACAACAAUAAAAUUUUUAAUCUGGGUCAGGUCUAGGCUGAUACCCACUCCAAAGUGUCCAAAUAGCUGAAGCAACAGCAUGCUCUUCUUGUGUGUGGGUGUUUGGUGCAGAGGUGAUGGUAGACCUGGCCGGUGAAAGAUUCUGCAGGGGCACCGAGUCAAUGGACACCUUCAGUCCUAGCUUGAAUGGGAUUCGAGUGAGGGCUACGUGGCCUGCAACACUGGCAGUAAGUUCUGGGUGAGUUAGAAGGUUAAAUACUGUAGUAGCCCUGGUAGUCACCAUGAAUCAGGCCCAUUGUCCUGAACUUAACAUAGUUUUAAAAACGUGUAGUUCAGUUCCAGGCAGAAUGAUACAUAUGGUUUGCUUCUUGGAUAUUCGUUAUGACAAGGGCUGAUAGGAAGAAACUAGUAGCAUCAAAUGGGUCAAAUGGAUGAGGACUCAUAUGUGCAGAGCCCCAACUUAAGUUGCCUCCUGGAAAAUUCUGCAAUGCUGAAACCCCCUGAGGUUUGAGUGUGGGGAGGCGGUGGUCAUUCACCAUGAUAUGUGGGUCUUCUGAAGUCAGAACCGUAUUUAUAAUGUCCUCCUACCCACUGUCAAAAAGAGAGUGACCUGUGUUCAGCAGGAAAGGGGGAAGACAGGAAAAUAAAACUGUGGGAUCACUGUGGUAGUGUGCUCUCCCUGCCCCCACUAAGAAAAAUACGGCACUGAGGAAUGGCCAUAAAACACAAAGUGAGGCGGCUUCCACAAUACGCAGUGAUGUUGUCUUUGGUAAUUGUAGGCACAGUUAUCUUCUGGAAAUGCACGCAUGGUGAAUUAUAAUAAAAGGGGAACAGUGCACAAAUCAUAAGUGUUCCCUUUGCUAUUUAUUCUUCCAUAGCUUUGUCUGUCCCCAACUAAUUCGUUUGUUGGGGGCACAUUUAUUAAAAGAGCUAACAUGGAAGUUUUCACUUUUCCACUGGCCUUAUUUGAUUCAGGGCCACCUUUAUCCAUAGGCGUGGAUGUGUAUUGUUCAUUCUGGGUCAUCUUUGUUGUCUUUGCGUGUGUUUCUGGAUUACUUUUGCUUCUCUGGGCUUUUGAUUCCUUUCUGACUAUCCUUUGUCUGUGCCAAGCGAAACAUGCUCCAGGGAGAAAAAAGAAAAGGCGUAUUUGGUGUUUUGCAAAAUUACUUGACACCAGGUCCCGGAAUGGGAACCAAACUUUGAUUCUCAUCUAUUUUUCUUGGUUACAAUUCCAACCUUGCAACUUGGUAUUUAUCAUAGUGGAUUAACUAAGAGCACUUCAGUGCUGAUGUUUUUUGCUACUAGAUGUAAUGCCGUGGAACUUGACUAACCUUGGUCUUCUAGAUGUUCUUUACUAGAGUUAAGACUCUCUGAACUUUUAGGAAGAAUUCUUUGUCACCUCCACUCGACCUAACAGUUUUCAGAGGGAAAGUGCAGAGAGUCAUUUUUCCCCCAAUGACUCUGGCAGAGAGAUGUUUUUUGCCAAUUUGCAUUCUGGGUUAUAGGUUUAGCGUGGGCUGUUUCUCUUUUAAUGUCUUUGUAUUGUUGGCAUCUUGCAAUCUUGAUGGCCCACUAUUCCAAUUUAUUUAUUUUCUUUAAUACUGUCAAAAUAACAUGCUAGAGAAAGAAUCAGAGUGAGCAUUCUGUAUUCUGAGUUAAAAUGGAGUUAGAUGUCAUUUGUACGAGUCUGUACAAUGAUUAAUAUCUGCAGAGAAAUUAGACCAAAUGAAACCUGCUAGAAUGGUUUUGAUUUAUAUUGUCUUCAUCAUUCUGAUUUUAGAUGAAAUGGUUAUUGCUUUCCACCCCUGCUGAAAAAAGAGAGUGUUAAACUUUAAUAAUCACAGCACCAUGAUGCAAGCACAAAGCUUGUUCAUUUGAAAUGUCUGUUUUUCUCAUCUUCACAUAUACUUUAGAAUAGAGACUCUCUCUCCUGUGACCUCCUCUGCAAACUUUUGGGCAGUGUUUCCAAUACUCAGCAUGCAUAAAAUCAUUUGUAAAAAUGCAGCUUCCUUCACCCUAGCCCCGGAGAGUCUGAUUCAGAAACUUCAAACAGGGCCAAGGAAUCUUCAUUGUGCAUCAUUAUCCUUAAUGAUUUUAAUGAGAUGGCUUGUGGACCUUUCUUUGAGAAACUGCUCAGAGACAAUGCGGAGGUCAACAUAUCUCUCACUUCCUUGUGGUACUUCCUCUCUCUUUCCACUGCAGAUAAGUCAAAGCAUGCAUAAUUCAUUAUCUUAAGAGAAAAGACCCCAAAAAGGAACACCCAGGACAAGGGCAGAGUAGAUUUCCAUAAUUUCUUUGUCCUUUCACCUGCCUGUCAAUCAUAACGUCUUCUCCAUGUUGUGUAUGUUUAUGCCUUUUUUUUUUUUUUCCCAUGCUGAAAACCUGCAUCAGUAUAGUUUUGUGGCUGGGUAGAUGGGAGCACAUGUCUGAGUGAGAUGUGCCCUAAUGAUGCCCAACAAGGAGUUGUUCAUUUCUAGGCCCUUACGCGGUUCGGGUCAGAGGAACUUGAGGAUGAUCCAUAAUUUAAUGAUGUGUGUGGCCCCAAAGGGGGUUCCAAUAACUGCAUGCACAAACUACCCAAAUGAAUAUGGAAUGAUUCAUGAUUUCAGCUGUAUUUCACAAAUAAAAUCCUAACUCAUGGAGCUGCUCAAUUUGUCCAGUUUGACUCAAACAGGACUAGGAGGCUCUCAGAUAGUUGAAGACCCUGAACCCCAACAUUAAUUAAAAACUUCAAGCGAAACCAAUGAGGGAGAAUAAAUUUAAAAAGAAAAGAAAAAAAAAGAA